GAGCCGGGAAUAUAAGAGGCUCUCAGGGCGAAGUCAUUCUCAGUUUGUUAUGCAUUUCACGCGGACGGUGUUCGACGAUCGCUCAAUUCUGGGCAACCAGACGAUCACGAAUGACGAUGGAUAACAGAUUCAUUUUCAAAACAAUCUUCUUGUUGCUGAUAGCGACAACAUCCGAGGCAAUAUUCUUUGAUUACCCGAAAAAAGCGCUCAUGGACUUCUUCCAUUCUUUGAAAGAGAAAAAGGAAUCCGCGAAGAAGUCUCACGACGACGUUCAUCACUAUCAUCUUCACUAUUAUCCGGUGCCGGUGAGCGUCGUCAUCGACGAUCAUCACGAGCACAUCAAGGCGCCAGGAAAGCAUGAAUUGGACAAUUUGCACAGAGAGGAGCUGAGAUCCUUGGGAUGGACCGAUCAGGAGUACAAACACGUGCCUGAACCAGAACUAAUUAUUCCUAAACACCAGCAUCACGAAACUGGCGGUGAUCUUUGGCCUCAGCAACAUCAGAGUCACCUUUCAAACGGUUUGACGCUUCAAGAUCAGAUUGACAUCGCUGCGAUUAGGCAAAAGAUAGAGCGGCACUCGAAGCAGCAGAAGUACCAACCGACGGUGGAACACCAUCAUCCGACACACAUAUCUGUCCAUCUUCCUUUCCAUCAGGAGAUCAUACUUCAUCAGCCGGCCCCCGCAAAGGAGGAAAAAAAGGUUCACCCGUUGACAGCAUUUUUUGAAAAACUUCACAGCAUUAAAAAUUCUCUCUUCAGUUCACACGAUGACAAAAAGUCCCAUCAAUGCGACGAUAAGAGCGAAAACGUCGCCACCAUUACCUCGAAAAUCAAGUCGAGCAACGCUUUUACAAUUUACACGUUUCAUCCAAAAAAUUUGAGGAAAUACUGAAUUUAUUUGCAUCGUCCACUUUUUCCCCGUUUCAUUUUUUCUCCAUCGAGAUUGGAGUCAGUUUUAGUUUUUCAAUUAUAGUUUCUAUCACAGUUUUACCCAGAGGCUGAACAUUUAAUUAAAAAUCUCUACGUCAAUACAGGCCAGAUUCGUAUUUCUAUGACAUAACUAAUCGCGUGUUUUCAUCUUUCGUAUGUUUUAUUUCUUGUUUCUCUUUUCGCCCCCCUCUAUUAGUGCGUAUUAUUAUAUCUUCACUGUCGAUUCUCACAUGCAUAAUAAACUGCCCCUGAACGAUAUGGCGCAGAGAAAAUAAUUGAGGUGAAAAGUUUGUACAUGCGGUGAAGUCUGCGGGUAACGUUUUCUCAUUAUAACUUUUUCGUUAUUUAUUCUUUGUCUUUUAUUUCAUCACUAUCAUUACUGUGGUUAAACUUUAUUUUACUUCAUAAAAUUUCGCAAGUUAUACGUUUAGCAGCUAUACGUGUCCGAACUUCCGGUUUGCUGAUAUUAUAUAUUAAUUUGCGAAUAGAGCGUUUUCUCGUUGUCACAUAACGCAAAACGAGUGCAGUGUCGAAUGUUGAUUUUUUAUUGUAUAAAAGAAACCAAUUGUGAUUAUAAGUAUAA